UUGAAUAUACCAAGAACAGUCGCGCAUCGAACGCCGGAGUACUGGCGCGUAAUACUCAUCAAUUCAACACAAUGCUCGCGACACUAGUUGCCGUGCUGCUCAUAACCAUCCUCGGGUACAUAAUCAACUCUGUCAGCAAACCAAGAAAAUUUCCACCAGGUCCUAACUGGUAUCCCUUUGUCGGAUCAAGCGCAAUAGCCCAAAAAGUAACGCUACAACAUGGCUCCCAGUGGAAAGGGUUUGCCCAUUUGGCCAAGGAAUACUCGACCCAAGUGCUCGGAUUGAAGUUAGGCUCAGAACUUGUUGUUGUCGUGUUCGGUGAGAAGAAUUUACGAAAGGUUUUCACUGAAAAGGAGUAUGAAGGGCGACCUGAUAGUUUUUUUAUAAGGCAAAGGUGUUUGGGCAAGAGAUUGGGUAUUACCUUUGUGGAUGGCCCCUUGUGGAAAGAGCACCGCCAGUUCACAGUGAAGAAUUUGAAAAAUGUCGGAUUUGGUAAAACUGCGAUGGAAAAAGAGAUUCAGGCGGAAUUGGGUUACAUUUUGGAGCAUAUCGAUAAAAAUAAAACAAAAACCAUCAAUCCUAAAGUAAUACUUGCUGCGUCCGUUUUGAAUAUAUUAUGGAAAUUCACCGCAGGUGAGAGAAUAAAAGAGGAUCGCCUGCAAUACGUCAUUGAUUUAUUCAGUAAGAGAUCGAAGGCUUUCUCCAUCGCCGGCGGCUGGUUGAACCAAUGGCCUUGGAUUCGAUUCAUUUUUCCCAAUUUAAGUGGAUACACGCUCAUCAAAAACUUGAAUCAGCAAAUAUCUGAUAUUAUUGAGGAAACUGUAACCAAGCAUAAGGACAGAGUAGUUCCUGGAAGUGAUUUCAUUUAUAGUUUUCUUGAUGAAAUUAACGACAGUAAUGGAAGUUUUCAUGAGGAACAAUUAAAGGCCAUUUGUCUUGAUAUUUUGAUCGCGGGGGCGCAGACGACUAGCAAUGUUCUGGAGUUUGCCAUUUUGAGCCUUAUCAGAAAUAAGGAUAUACAGGAAAAGGUCUAUAAUGAAGUACAUACAAUUAUCGGUGACGAUACGCCAUGUUGGAAUGACACUAACAGAUUACUAUAUACCGUGGCGUUUCUAUUUGAAGUGCAGAGAUUUUACACUAUAGUCCCACUUGCGGGCCCUAGGCGCGUUCUAGAGGAAACCACAAUUGAAGACUACGUGAUUCCGAAAAAUACUACUGUAUUAUUGUCAAUUGGGGACGUUCACUUCAGUCCUGAUUUAUGGGACGAGCCUAAUAAAUUCAAGCCAGAAAGGUUUUUGGAUUCCAGUGGGAAAUUGGUCAAUACGGAACACUUUUAUGGCUUUGGACUUGGGCGAAGACGCUGCCCCGGCGACUCGUUAGCGAAGUCAUUUAUUUUCAUAGUGUUAGUGGGUAUCGUACAAAAAUAUAAAAUUGAAUGUGAAAAUGGCGUCUUACCUGCCGAAGAGCCAAUUAUCGGUUUAAUAUCUGGAGCGCGUCCGUUCACAGCCGAAUUCAUUCCACGUUUUUGAAUAAAAAUAUUAAAGUUUAGCGAAUUGAAUGGUAGAUCGAAGUUGCGUAAUGAAGCUGUAUUCAAGGAGGUUUUAGGAUAUUAUUAA